CCGCUCACUUGUCACGCUCCGCCCGCGGGGUGCCUUCGGGUUAGUGCAGAGCUCUAACGAGCGGGAAGCGGGCUGCUGUGCUCUCGCAGCCCUCCCUGACUCCUUUUGAACUUGGUACAAGUUGGGCAAGUCUUUGGGGAAAAGCCUUACUGGUCUGAUGAGUGGGGUUCUCCCUCUUUGAGAAGAAAAGGAAACGAGAAGUAAGGACGUUGGUUUUAUUUACCACAGCCGACGAUUAGUAGCACCUUUGUCUCAAUUAUAUGGACUUCGUUUUGGUAGAAAUCAGCGUUAACCCAUUUCUUCUCCGAAACAUGAGUCGCGGACACCGGUGUUGGGUCACUUUAGUCCCCAGACACGACAGAGCUGAUGAAAUAGUGCGGAGACUUUUAUAAUAGCCGCGAAGAAGGAACAGAACCCUGACAGCUGAUAGAAAUUGCAGUUUCUCUUAUUCUUUACCUUUGAUUUGUGCCUUUUUAGAAGGCACCUAGCAAGGUUCCCAGAACAUGCUGGACAGGGAGUAGACAAAUUAUUCAACAUAGUUCUUUAUCCUACUGCACGAAUACCAGGUCCCCCUAACUUUAAAAUCGCUGAGACCUUCCGUGUACAGCGCUCAGGAAAGCAGCUGUCAGCUUACGAUCAAAUUUUCAGCCGUUUUGGCUUACAGGAUCAGCCUGAAGUUCUGACUAAAACAGAGAGCCCCUUUUAACAGUACCUCUUAGCUCCGUAACUUCCUAAAAUUUCUUCCUUUCAAGACUGAUUUGGCGGGCUGAUGAGACUGUAGCCACCUUCCCUUUAAAUAAAUAGAAACCUCGGUGCACGAUAGAGGUCCGGUAUGAAAAUUGUAAUAGAUUAUAUUAAUAAUUCAUGUUCUCUGUUGUUUUUUUUUUUUUUCCUUUGGGUACCACGUUUUUCUCCUAGUUUUGGUCCUAUGUUGGGAUAGUAAGCUGUUUCCCUUCAUAAUUUUUAAAUUUGAACUUUUUUCUUUUCUUUGAACUCUUUCCUCCCAAGGAUGUUAAAUUGCAAAUAAUGUUUUGGCUAAUAAGAGCUAGGUACUAAAAAAAUAAUGUAUAAACAACUGCUUACUGAUCCGGAUACAGCUUUUAGAAAGAUAUUUAAGUGGGUUUGAUCCUGAAUGAGUAGAACACUUAAAGCAUUGUCAUAUUAAGUGUUGAUAAUUACACAAACAUUUUUGGUAUAAAUCUGUAAAUAGAUUAGUGUAAGCAGAUGCUUUCUCAGUGACUUGCUGGUCAACCUGGAAUCAUUUUGGAUAAAGAGGAAAACAGAGAAGGAACAAAGCAUUGAUUACAGAUGUCUUAAUAAUGAGCAAAUGUGGCAGGAAAAAAUAUAUUAAGACAAAUCUAAGACAAAUGACCAUGGAAACAAUUGAAUCUCAGCAGGAUGGAAGUGUAACAGAGUCUGUGGCUGAGAGUGAAUCUGCUCAUAUGCAGACCCAGACUGGUCAAAAUUCAAUCCCUACUUUAGCUCAGGUUUCUGUAGCUGGAUCAGGCACCGGAAGAGGCUCCCCAGCUGUAACUCUAGUACAGUUACCUUCGGGCCAAACUGUACAUGUCCAGGGAGUAAUUCAGACACCACAGCCAUCGGUUAUUCAGUCACCACAAAUACAAACUGUUCAGGUAGCAACAAUUGCAGAGACAGAUGAGUCUGCAGAAUCAGAAGGUGUAAUUGAUUCUCAUAAACGUAGAGAAAUCCUUUCACGAAGACCCUCUUAUAGAAAAAUACUGAAUGAACUUUCCUCUGAUGUGCCUGGUGUUCCCAAGAUUGAAGAAGAAAAGUCAGAGGAAGAAGGAACGCCACCUAACAUCGCUACCAUGGCAGUACCGACUAGCAUAUAUCAGACUAGCACGGGGCAAUACAUUGCUAUAGCCCAAGGUGGAACAAUCCAGAUUUCUAACCCAGGAUCUGAUGGUGUUCAGGGACUGCAGGCAUUAACAAUGACAAAUUCAGGAGCUCCUCCGCCAGGUGCUACAAUUGUACAGUAUGCAGCACAGUCAGCUGAUGGCACACAGCAGUUCUUUGUCCCAGGCAGCCAGGUUGUUGUUCAAGAUGAGGAAACUGAACUUGCCCCAAGUCACAUGGCUGCCGCCACUGGUGACAUGCCGACUUACCAGAUCCGAGCUCCUACUACUGCUUUGCCACAGGGAGUAGUGAUGGCUGCCUCGCCAGGAAGCUUGCACAGUCCCCAGCAACUAGCCGAAGAAGCAACACGCAAACGAGAGCUGAGGCUAAUGAAAAACAGGGAAGCUGCUAAAGAAUGUCGACGUCGAAAGAAAGAAUAUGUAAAAUGUCUGGAGAGUCGAGUUGCAGUGCUGGAAGUUCAGAACAAGAAGCUCAUAGAGGAACUUGAAACUUUGAAAGACAUUUGCUCUCCUAAAACAGAUUAGUAGAAAUAUUUAACUAUGAACUGAUUACAACAUGUACAGUUGCUUUUGAAGGCAAUACAAUAUAUAGCCAGCAAGAAUUAUGGCUUUUUUCCUUUGUAUCAUUCAUUGUAUUCUCUAACCUCUGACAUUCCUAAAAUGCUUCACUGUACGUAGUUAACUCUUAGCUGUAACUUCAAUUUUUUUUUUUAAAGAGACAAGCUGUAAAAAAAAAAAAAAGUAUGUAACAGAUUCUUAAAAUGCAAUAUUUGUAAGACUUACUCCAAUGCCACAUAUUUGCAGUUCCCAACCUCUGUCAUGAAUAGUGUCCUAUGCAAUAAAAUUUUUUGCAGGUCUUUAAAAAUCAUUUUAGGAAAGGAUGAUCAAAGAUAAUGCAUCCAGCAGUACAAUAAAAGCAAACACAAAAAAAUACCUCAGGAAAGAAUUGAAGGAAAGAAAGAAUCAAAAGAAUCUAAUGACAUGCUUAUAUGAAAAUAAGAGCCUAUAAAUGAAUUUAUGGCAUUUGCAGAUUUUUAUAUUAGUUGCUUUGUAAAGAAAGUAUUGUAUUGCUGUCCUUGAAUGGCAUAGUUGAAGAGCGUUUUUAAUAGAACCAUGUUGGUUACACUUUGUAGUGUUUGGUGCUCAUUUAACUAUCUGAACUUUUACUACAGUUUUUACUCUAUUGUGUAAUAUAAAAG